AUGGUAUUGCCUAUGUUAAAACUUGGUUCAUUAUUUAUUAAAAGUUUAGCAAAACCUUUUUCAAAGCAAAUUAAAGCAGCAGCAUCCAAAUCACCUGCUUUUCAUGACAGAGUUGUUAGAAUGGCAAGAGUUUGGCAUAAACUAGAAAUUAGAUUAUCAAGAUUUACAGGUGAUAACUCUAGAAGAGUAACAGAAUUAAAUGUUAAUGCAGCUAUUGAUUUAGGUACAGAGAUGGUUAGCGAAGCAUUUUUAUUAUCAGUUGCAAUGGGUCUUUUGGUAUAUGAAAAUUCAAGAUCUGCAGAAAAAGAUAAGAAAAAAGAAGAGAAAAUACAAAAUGGUUUUAAAAGUUUAGAAGAAAAAAUAGAGUCACAAAACGAUACUAUAGAAAAACUUACACAUUGUAUUGAAAUACUUCAAUCCUCAAACCCAAAUUUAAAUAUAUAUAUAAACGAUCCAUCA